AUGGAAAAUUUUUCAGAAUCAGGUGCCUCCCUAGCGAAAACAACUCCCGUGCUUUUGCCUGGCGAAUUGGUUGAUGACCAGGAUGAGCAACACCCGGAACUCUAUGCAGUUCCAAUCACGCCUCCCAAUUUGAGUAUUAGUGGAAAGGACAUUGGUCUUAAGCCAAUGUCUCUGGAGGAUUUUCGUAAGAAGAUAAAGAGCUUUCAGAAUUCGGAGCGUUGGAACGAGUUCAAGACUGAUGAGGGAGUAAUCGAGAAUGAGCGAGCCGAUAUUCUUGCAGACAGAAUCAACGAGCUUCUCAGCAACCGGAAGCAAAAGUUCAUAUACAAAGAGUUUCAAAAGUUCAUCAUGCUUCCUUCUCCUGUGACACGUCAGUCCCUCAUCAAGAUGCUCCGUGUGAUCGACAAGGAGCUAGGAGAGGUUUCCCCCUCUCUCCUGCCCUGGAUCGAAUCGUACUUUAAUGGAACCGAGUUUCCGAAAGCGGGCGAAGAGAAGAAAGAGAUUCAGAUGCAGCUAGACAUUCUAACAAAGGUCACAGAGAAGUUUUUCCGCGACUGGGAAAACAUACAGUACGAUGGUUUUCAGUGGCGAGUGAACGUGGUUCGCGAUUGCUUGGAGUCGUACUGUUCGGACGACGAACUCAACCGACUUUUCUCCUUUUUGAAUUCGUUCACGGACUCGUCGCGCAAAGCGAUCUCGUUUUCCCAAUUUUUGACCCGGAUCGAAUCGAUCCUCAGACUCAAUCAGCACAGCUCCGAUUUGCUCGCGUUAAUGGAAUGGGUCAUCAAAGGACUGAACGAGUUCCCGUUGAUCAGCAUCUCGGCCGUUCAAAGCACGGAGGUUCGUCGUCGCGACGCAGAAAGGCACACGUUGAUUUGUGCUUAUAACAAAUAUCGUUAUCAUUCGAGUCACAUUCCUCGCUCGGAUGCGUCUCAAGAAAAGGGAGCGUUGCUUCUCUCGUUCCGUCUCUCCACCCUUCUCGACGACGCGCAGCACAAGGCUUUCAUUGCGAGACUUUCGGAUUAUCAAACGUCCGCGAUGAGUGCGAGUGAUUGCGAUCGCUUUUUGCAGGCGGCCUCGCAGAUCUGCGGAGAUUCCGCGUAUUUAAUCGAGCCUUCGCUUCAGAAAUACGUGAAUUUUCUGUCGAUCCCCACGCUGGAACACGUUCGCAAGAUGAAAAAGCCCGUUCUGACCGUUCGAGCGGUAUCGCGGUGCAAUUCUCCCGAUUCGGACAUGGGCGAAAUGCUGAUCGACGAAAGCAAGCCGCUCAAAAAACGUCAAAAAGUGCUGACCUUCCAGUCCAACACGCAGUUGAGUCCGCACGGACACACCGCCUCCACGUCCCUGUAUCAAGUGUUCGUGCACAAUCUGCCCAUGGGGAUCACCACCGAGGAACUGGCUCUCGCGUUCCGGAAUUGUGGAAGUGUGAAAAAAGUCGAGAUUUUGGACUAUUCGAAUCCGGAAGAAGAGAACAAGAAGAAGCAGCCAAAGAUCCGACAGCAGGUUCCGGAGUCAAAAAUGUGGGCAAUUGGAUCGGGGUUGGAGUGUAGUUAUGGGUUUGUGCACUUUGCAGAGAAGGAAGCCCGCGAGAAGGCCUUGAUCCCCGCGAUGCGCAUCUUCGGUGUGAAGAUCCGCGAUUGUCUGUGUCGCACAGAGCCCGCCGAGAACAAGCGAACGCUCUUUGUGGGGAACAUCGAUCGAGGCGUGACGGGAGACGAGGUCAGCGAAGAGCUGAACGCGUUGCUGAAGCCGCAAUUGCAGAUCGAACUGCACGAUGUGCCGUCGCCUGGAGUGCUCACGACUUCUGCGGGUUACUGCUUCAUCGAGUUCGACUCCCACCAGCUGGCGAGCAUGUCGUUCGCGUUGCUGUCAGGAGCAGUGGUGAACGGGAAGGAGCUGAAGGUGGGAUGGGCGCUGGAGUCGAAAGACUCGCGAAGAAGGAAGCAAGAGCACAAGUGGGACAAGUAUCAUCUGUGGGUUGUUUAA